AUGCCUGAGAAGAUCCUCGACGACAUUUCCCACAGACGGUACAACCCGUUGAAGGGCACUUGGCUGCUUGUGUCCCCUCACCGGACUAAGCGUCCCUGGCAAGGCCAGCAGGAGGGACCGUCAACGACGACGCUUCCUGAAUACGACCCAAAGUGCUACCUCUGCCCUCGGAACCCCAGAGCGGCUGGUGACUCCAACCCCGACUAUAAGAACACUUUCGUCUUCGUCAACGACUACAGUGCCGUCAAGGAGGAGCAAGCUGAGUACCACCCGGAGGCAGAAAGUGAUGACCUCGCCUCGUCCCUGCUGCGCGCGGAAGCGGCCACGGGCAAAUGCUACGUGCUCACCUUCUCCGAGAAGCACCACGUCACGCUCGCCGACAUGACAACCGCGGAGAUCGCCCCCGUCAUCGACGUCUGGACGCACAUCUACGCCGCCCACCUCUCCCCCUCCAACCCGCUGUCCAAGGUCGCCGCCGCCCUCGAGCUACCCCCCGCGACGCCCGCGAGCACCGUGCCCCACCCCAAGCACCAUCUGCGCUACAUGCAAAUCUUUGAGAACAAAGGCGCCGCCAUGGGCUGCUCGAAUCCGCACCCGCAUUGCCAGGUCUGGACGACGUCUACUAUGCCCGAGGAGCCUGGUACGGAGCUGGUGCAGAUGGGCAAGUAUCGUGACCAGCAUGCCGGACGGCACCUGUUGGCGGACUACGUCAAGGUUGAGAUUGAGAAGAAGGAGCGCACGGUGUUUGAGAAUGAGCACUUCCUUGUUGUUGUUCCCUGGUGGGGUGUCUGGCCUUUUGAGGUCUUGAUUCUUCCCAAGAGGCACGUUCGCGCGCUUGUCGACUUGUCCGCCGAGGAGAGGUUGCAAUUUGCCGAGGCCAUUCAGGAGGUUGCUAGGAGAUACGACAACCUCUUUGAGACGCACUUCCCUUACAGCUCCGGCAUUCACCAAGCCCCUCUCGACGCCACUGAGGAGGAGGCCGAGAACAGCUACCUCCACAUGCACUUCUACCCCCCUCUGCUUCGUUCAGCCACCGUCCGCAAGUUCCUCGUCGGAUACGAGCUGAUGGCCGAGCCUCAGCGUGACAUCACACCGGAGCAGGCCGCCGCUAGACUCAGGGGCACUGGCGGUGAGCUAUACCGCAAGACCAUUUAG